AGCAGGAAGUCUGGCGGGCCGCGGGCAUCGAGAUGGAGGAGGGCGAGUACGAGUCGGUGUUGUGUGUCAAGCCGGAGGUCCACGUCUACCGCAUCCCGCCGAGGGCCACCAACCGUGGCUACAGGGCUGCGGAGUGGCAGCUGGACCAGCCAUCAUGGAGUGGCCGGCUGCGGAUCACUGCAAAAGGGCAGGUGGCCUACAUCAAGCUGGAGGACAGGACCUCAGGGGAGCUCUUUGCUCAGGCCCCAGUGGAUCAGUUUCCUGGCACAGCCGUGGAGAGCGUGACGGAUUCCAGCAGGUACUUCGUUAUCCGCAUCGAAGAUGAAAAUGGACGACGGGCGUUUAUUGGACUUGGCUUUGGGGACCGAGGUGAUGCCUUUGACUUCAAUGUUGCAUUGCAGGACCAUUUCAAGUGGGUGAAACAGCAGUGCGAAUUUGCAAAACAAGCCCAGAACCCAGACCAAGGCCCCAAAUUGGACCUAGGCUUCAAGGAGGGUCAGACCAUCAAGCUCAACAUUGCGAACAUGAAGAAGAAGGAAGGAGCAGCUGGGACUCCGCGAGCCCGGCCCGCCAGCACAGGAGGACUGAGCCUGCUCCCCCCACCCCCAGGGCCGAAAACCUCCACCCUCAUCCCUCCCCCUGGGGAGCAGUUGUCUGUAGGGGGAUCCCUUGCCCAGCCAACAGUUGCUCCCAGUUCAGGAGGUGCCACUGUGUCCUGGCCACAGCCCACACCUGCCACUGCUGCCAGCACCGACAUCUGGGGAGACUUCGCAAAAUCCACAGGGGCAACUUCCAGCCAGACUCAGCCAGGCACAGACUGGGUCCAGUUCUGACCUGAGCACAACUCUUAUUCUCAUACAACUUCUGGAAAGGAGCGGCCUCUCCUGGGCCGAAGGAAGGAGGUCGGAGUGCCCCUGGCCAGCCUGUGCCUGUUCCGGGC